CUACUGCCGCCGUUGUUGGUGUUGUUGAUGCUGCUGCUGUCGUCCUCGCUGUCAUAGUCACUUCCCGCCAGCUACCAUACCAGCACUCCUCUUCUCUCGACACAGCCAUGUCAGGGACAGCUUCUCCCCGCAGCGGUCGGCCGCUGACAACAUCGUACGUGGAUCUCAUGAAGCCGGACGAGGACUGGAGAAAUCUGCCCGAUGCAGCAGAGCGGAGGAAGAUCCAGAACCGCCUCGCCCAGAGGGCAUAUCGACGUAAUAUGCGGGAUCGGACCAAGGAGGUGGAGAGGCUGAAGAAGCAGCUCCAACAGCUCCAGCAGUCCAUGAACGUAGCGGAUCCCUCAACUACACCGCCGCCUGAGCACGAGCUUCCUUCUGGCGGCCGGAGUCCGUCUAACCUAGGGGACGUGUACACACACAAUGCGGAUGCAGCGGCCUCAUCAGCAUCAGCGACGACACCGAACGGAUCGCGGCGGAUGGGCGAGUACAUCCAGGCCUGGUCUCACGCGUCCGGCUCGGAACAGCUGCACGGGCUCGGGCUCACGACGGACGGCGAGCGCCCCAUGGGAUUCGACACGACGUCCUACUUCCCUCACGUCCAGGCUUCGAACGACGUCGUGACCGAUCUCCCCUCAACGCACGCCCCGAGCCGGCGUGCCCGCGCCGUCACCACCAAUGUCGCCACGUCGAACGUGCAACCGCAUCCUCACCACCUACGAAGUAAUAGCAUACCGCCGAUCUACUCGUCUGCUUGCCCCUCCCCCAUGUCCUGGGGGCAGGGUGCUGCCGAGGGCCACGACGGGCUCCGCGUCUCUACCAGUUUCAACGUAUACAACAGCACCGAGGACAUGCCCAUGUACCACGCGGAACCGACGUAUUCGCUCGACGACGGGGUCUCUCGCAGCGCCGCGAACGCGUACGCGACCUCGCCGGAGUCGGCCGACCUCAGCAGCUCGGCGGGCUGGUCGCCGCUGGACCGGAAAGCGGCGGCCGCGGCCGCCGUGAGCGCAGGCUCGAGUGGGCGCCCGGGCAGCUCGUCGCUGGCGUCGACGUACCUGACGACGCCGAGCAGCGCGGGCAGCGGCGGUGGCGGCGGUGGCGGCGGCGGCGGCAGCGGCGAGAGCGGCGUGCCCGAGACGACGGCGCCGCUGCUGCACUUCGCGAUCGCCGGCGGCCACGUCGACACGCUGCGGCUGCUGCUCCAGCGCUACGACGUCAACGUCAACAGCCGCGACAGCGCCGGCUACACCGCGCUGCAGCGCGCCGUCAUGGCCGGCCGCACCGACAUGGCCGCCAUGCUGCUCGAGCGCGGCGCCGUCGUCGACAACGACGACAGCUGGGGCGCUGCCGCCGUCGACAUGGCGAGCCAUCCCAAGAUGGAGACCCGAUAACCAGUCGUAGCCGGUUAAGGGUUGUUUUGAUUUUCUACCUAUCUGCCUCGUCUGUCCGAC